AUGUCCGCCCAGGUUCACGUGGACGAUGCCGUGGCAGAAGAGGAACGUGGCGAGAAAGUAGUUCUCACAGAAAUGAUCCUAGUGCCUGUCGACCGUUAUCCCAGAUACAAUUUCGUCGGUCGUAUCCUGGGCCCUCGCGGCAUGACAGCAAAGCAGCUGGAGGAAGACACAGGAUGCAAGAUCAUGGUGCGCGGUCGUGGCUCCAGCCGCAUG